AUGGACGAAUACUUCUGGACAACCUACCUCCCACAAGAAGACCCAACCUUAGACGGCAGCAUUGGUGGUAUAAUAUCGGCACCCUGGAUACCAAGCAUUCGAGAGCUGGCACAGAAAGAUGCUGACGUGAAGAGUGCCAUGCAAGCUUGCGCAUUAGCAGGACUAGGGUGGAUGAACGAUGAUCGUGCGCUCGUGAUGCGCGCCGCAAGGUUCUAUGCGCAAGCACUCAAGCAGACCAACCUCGCUCUGCAAGACCGUACUGCAGCCCUCGAAGAUGGCGUCCUUGCCUGCUGCCGACUUCUCAUUCUCUUCGAGAUGCUUCAGAGAAUAUCCUAUAAAGCUUCACCAAAGACACCAGAUCGUAACCAGAUAGCUGACUGGCGGAUGCAUGUCAAUGGCACCUGCCGUCUCCUACAGCUUCGUGGACGAGAUAGACAUCUAUCCGGCUUGGGAGUGGACUUGUAUGAUGGUACACGUAUGACAGCAAUCAUUCAUGGCCUUACAAGUCGCCGACCGAACAUCUUCACUCGGCUCAAUUGGAACCUACCCAGACUGAAUAUGAGAGAUGAGCUGUAUGAGCUGAUUAAUCCUGCCCCACAACUGCUCCAGAACUUCGAUCGUUUUCUCCUUGAGAAAAUGUCAACCAAGGAUAACGUUAAUGGUAGGCAGCGCGUCGAUUGGGGACUUGCCCUGAUGAAGCAAGCUUUGAAUGUUUGUUAUGCCUUGCAAGCAUGGGAGAUCCAGGUUUUGAUGUCAUGUCACGAAAGACAGGUAUCUGUUGAUUGUGCCAGAAGUCCAUCAUCAGAACUUGCCCAGGAACAAGGUUCACUUUAUACUGUCUGCAGGCUUCAUGGUUAUGGCUUCUUCUCGACCUGCACACAGUACUGGACGAUGUGUAAUAUAUUCUACGGCUCUCUGAGAAUUUUCCACCGGCAACUCCAAGCUUCCAUGGACAUAUCCACGCCUGCUGGAAUGGCACCAUUCCUCCCUGACUGGGUGAGCCCAGAGCUGCCGGCAAUGAACGUUGCACAGGUAGCGGGAGACUUCUUCAAACCAGGCAUGGGGCUUUGGGCUGCUCACGCCGCAGUGUUCCCAAUCAGUGCUGCGCUUCGGUAUUUUGCUACCACUGGGAGGAGGAACUCGCCUGCUUUCAAGUCGAUGAUAGAUGCGUUCACAACUACCAAGACUGGUGUUAUUAUGCGAGAUUUCCUCAACUCGAUAGGGGUCGUGCAGGAGGCUGAGAGUUGA